CAAUAGCUAUCUUUCAAAGAAAUUUUAUAACAUGGAAUUGCUUCUUCUUCUACUCAUCUCUGCUUCUUAUAUCUUGGUUGGAGUUGUAGGAAACCCUUCUGCUCCUCUUCCUGCUGAGGUCUACUGGAAGCACAAGUUGCCAAACACUCCUAUGCCCGCCAUACUUCAUGAUCUCUUUCAUCCUGCAGAUGAUCAACAAGGAAAGCUGCUGACUGAUGUCAGAGCAGGAGUCACCAUUCCAAAUGAAAAUGCUGCAACAAAUAGACAUCUCCAAAAUAACCCAGGCGCGUCUCUCUUCUUCCUACAAAAGGAUUUAUAUCCUGGGGCUAAAAUGAACUUGCAGUUUGCUAUGAGCUAGAAAUCAGAAAAAGCUGAAUUUAUCAGUCAAAGUAUAGAUGCCUGUGAACACCCAGGUAUAGAAAAUGAAGAAAAGUACUAUGCAACUUCAUUGGAAUCACUUGUUGAAUUCGGUACAUCCAAACUCGAAAAAGAAGUUAACUUAUUGACCACGGUAAUAGCUGGUGAGAA